CCACAGGACAGUCUGCUCUGGACAGCGGGAGCCGUGAUGUCCCAGCAUGCAGCCCUGGACCAGGCUGUGGCCCUGCAGGGCUGCUGGCACCACAGCCCAGCUCAGGACUGUGCAUGCUGGCUGCAGGUCCUGCCGUCACCGUGGCUCCCGGUCCUUGAUCAAGGGCUGUGAGCUGCAGGGAACGCCUGCUGUAAAUGCAACUUACUCUCCUACACCUCGGUAAGCAGCAAUAAGUGACACAAAAGUCAGGGUUUGCAAGGAAAAAAAAAAAAAAAAAAAGAUGGAUUUCCUCAUUUCAUAACUGCAAGCUGUCAAGCUAGAUUCCAGUUAAUUGUUUUUUCUCCUGUGCUCUAAGGUAAGCUUUGCUUUUUUUCCAGAAAUUUCCCAGCACUUUUCUCACCGCAGGGCCUCCACCGCACUCCCCGACAGCACCCCUGUCCCAAAAAGCACUCCCCUCUGCCCGUGCUCCUGCAGGGACCUCGAGCUGCUCCACCUCCCUGCAAAGCGCUGCUAAUCAGCGCCCUCAGUCCAAGUCGGGCACACUUCAUCCCCAGUGCAUCCCCAGUGCAGCCGGGUUGGACAGGCAGCCGGCAGCAGCAGCGAGGCUCCAGCUGCAGCUCUGCGCUGCCACAGUGAGCGCAGCCAGCAGGAAUGCAGGGGGGGAGCGGGCAGUGCGCGGCUCUCCGGCUCUUCGCAGCUCCUCGCAUCGCCGGGACGAAGGGCUCUAACAGCUGAUUUUUUUUCCCCUCCUCGAUCAGCGGUCUCAAACACGAUCGCAGUAUGCAGCACAAUGCUUUAAAACAGCAAAGCUUCUGGAAAACCCAAACAAAAGGAACGUCACCAGGUGACGUCAGCCUAUAUACAGCCCUGCGUGGUCACAGCGCAUAAGCAAACCCAUUCUUGUGCCGCUUCCCUGAAAAGCUUUUCAGUAAAUGCACUCAUGCUACUCCAGGAGCUUCUCUCAGCAAUAAGCCACCCAUCCGCCAUCAACAAGUUAGGACUAAAGGAACCCACAGCUGCGGAAAAAGAAAACGUGAGCUUCAAUUAAGCAGCCGAGCAGCCGCCGAGGAAGAAAACUUCUAUUAAGCAUCGACUUGAAAACUGCAGACCUGGCAGAGGAGGUCACGCCGGCGCUUUCAAAAGGAAUAUUCUAAGAGAGCACGGUGGAUUCAAUUUUGCACUAAUAUCACAGGACCCUAAACCAGUAAAUUAUUCACAGGCUAUCUCGCGUUAGAGCCUUUCACAGACUCACCGUGUUGAGUCUCAAACUACGACUGAAUGCAACCUCCAAUGUACUCAAAAGAAUGGGCUUACAUUUCAAGUGGCCAUUAGGGGCUCGUAUGCUGGCAGCACUAUAUGCAAUGAGCAUGGUUUUAAAAAUGCUGCCUGCCUUGGGCAUGGCUUGUCCACCAAAAUGUCGCUGUGAGAAGCUACUCUUUUACUGUGACUCUCAGGGGUUUCACUCAGUGCCAAACACCACUGAAAAGGGCUCUCUAGGUUUGUCACUGAGGCACAAUUUUAUUACUGAACUUGAAAGGGAUCAAUUUGCGAGCUUCAGUCAACUUACUUGGCUUCACUUAGAUCAUAAUCAAAUUGCAACAGUCAGAGAAGAUUCUUUUCAAGGACUGUAUAAACUUAAGGAAUUAGUCUUAAGUUCCAACAAAAUCUUUCAUUUGCCAAACACCACUUUUAGCCAGCUGCUUAACCUGCAGAAUUUGGACCUCUCUUUUAAUCAGUUGUCCUCUCUGCACCCCGAGCUGCUCUACGGCCUCCGCAAGCUGCAGACCUUGCAUCUGCGCUCCAACUCCCUGCGGACGAUCCCCGUCCGCCUGUUCUGGGACUGCCGUAGCCUGGAGUUCCUGGAUCUGAGCACAAACCGCUUGCGAAGUUUGGCUCGCAAUGGCUUUGCGGGAUUAAUCAAGCUGAGGGAGCUGCACCUAGAGCACAACCAGCUGACAAAGAUUAAUUUUGCUCAUUUCCUCCGGCUGAGCAGCCUGCACACUCUCUUCUUGCAGUGGAACAAAAUUAGCAACUUGACGUGUGGGAUGGAGUGGACCUGGGGCACCUUAGAAAAGCUCGAUUUGACUGGAAACGAGAUCAAAGCCAUCGACCUAACAGUUUUUGAAACUAUGCCUAACCUUAAAACCCUCCUCCUGGAUAACAACAAGCUCAGCACGCUGGACUCCAAGAUCCUGCGCUCGCUGCCGUCGCUCAGCACCGUGGGGCUCUCGGGCAAUCUGUGGGAAUGCAGCGCCCGGAUCUGCGCGCUGGCCGCCUGGCUGGGAGCCUUCCGGGGCCGCUGGGAGCAUCCCAUCCUGUGCCACGGCCCCGACCACGCCCAGGGAGAGGACAUCCUGGACGCCGUGCACGGAUUCCAGCUCUGCUGGAACGCAUCGACCGCCGCCCCGUCCGCGGCUCCGACGGACGCUCCCACCACCGAGUCCACGAAAGGCAUCAGCUCCUCUCAUUUCCAUAUGGGAGACAAAGAAAUCCCCACCACGGCAGGCAUGGUCGUCACCACCGAGGAACCCUUCCCCGAGCCAAACAAUGCCAUCUUCACUCAGAGGGUAAUUACAGGGACAAUGGCUUUAUUGUUUUCUUUCUUUUUUAUCAUUUUUAUAGUGUUCAUCUCCAGGAAAUGCUGCCCUCCCACAUUAAGAAGAAUUAGGCAGUGCUCAAUGAUUCAAAACCACAGGCAGCUCCGAUCCCAAACGCGGCUACAUAUGGCAAAUAUGUCAGACCAAGGACCGUACAAUGAGUACGAACCCACCCACGAAGGACCCUUCAUCAUCAUUAACGGCUACGGACAAUGCAAGUGUCAGCAGCUGCCAUAUAAAGAAUGUGAAGUAUAAUACUUAAAAUUAAACCAGAUAAGUAACCUAUUUUAAAAUUGUAGGGGACCUACAGCAGAUUCUAAUUUUUACAAAUGUUGACGUAAAGCCUAAUUUUCCAAGCUACUCAAUGGAAGCAUUGUUUAUGGAGUGGUGCAGUAUUUUUAAGUUGGUUUUUUUUUUAAUAAAUCCAUAAUAUUUUCAGUGUUAAAGAAGCAAUGAUCACAUUAAACUUGCACUCCUAGUGUUUAAAAGUCUAAAAAGACGCUCACCUCAAACUAUGUAAAAUGUUCCAUGUUAUGUAACUCUCCGACUGUGCGUACCAUUUAUACCCAAGUCUCCACAUUCCACUUUCCCCAGUAAAAUCAGCCCGGGUGGAAGGAGGGAGGCUGUCUGCACAGAGACCUGCAGAGGAACAUACACUGCAUUUGUUCCCCCGCAGCUGUGCGAUGCCAAACAUCCCAGCUGGCUCUGCUCAAUUCAGAGGCACGCUGGAGGAAGGCUCUCCUCCUCUGAUCAUUUCCACUCGAGUAAAAAGGGGAGAGGGAAAAAUAAAUAAAAAAAAAAAAGUGACCAAGGUUCAGGUGGGGAUUUAGAUGCCCUGGGGACUGGCAAAUUAAUUUUUGAGGCAGUUUUCCUACCUCCAUGCUCACAGUUUGGCUUGCUUACACAUACCUUGCUCGAGCUCGCAGCAAACGCAGGCAGGAGCAGUUCACACCACCAAUUAACCAGGAUGGCUCUCCAGGCACUUGCAGAGUACCUGGUGGUGCUUAAUUAGGAAGGUUGGUGCGAUGAUCUAAAUGUUACAGGCGUUCAAACCCGACCAGCUCUCUGCUUCGCCUCGAUGAUGCUUUUCAUGCACUCGGGCUAAUGACUCACGCCUACGAACAAACAGCACUUCCACACCUUUUCAUGUGUAAAUACCCUUAACACAAGUUUUUCUUAAUUAAAAGUAAAUAUCAACCGGAGGUUAAGAAAGAGAGAAGGAAGGAAGAAACCUCUCUUUGUCGUCCCCCCCCUCUCCCCCCUCAGGCUUCCUCUUGCUGGGAGCUAUUUUCAUGCACUAACUCCACGGUUUCUCUGGAGACAGAAUUAGCCCCUGUAAUAUAAGCUCUCACUUGUCCUCCUCUUCCAAAAUUCAAGGUAAUUACCAGCUCAAAGCUGCGUACCUUCCGAUACAUUAGGAUAAUGGUUAGUUUAUAGAAUAGUUCACAAAAAAACGUUUUGUUUCUUAGUCAAAACGGGACAGAAUCUAAACUAGUAUGCCAUUAAAAAAUUCUUAUAUAAAUAUAUAUACACACACACACGCACCUCAUUCUUCGGGAGUAAUUUGAUUUCUUUAACCAGAGGUAUCACAUUGCUAUUUAUACUAUAUUAUGAAAUGAUAUGUAAAUAUUUGCAGAUCUAUGCAGCGACAGUGGUACUGAGAUGCCAUGGGGGAGGGCGGGGGGGUCUGCAAAGGAUUACGUUAUUUUUAAGUCAACUGCUCAAAUAUUGUAAACGUUCUAACCAAAGUUAAAAGGACCAGAGGGAUGGCAUUUUUUUAUAUAUAUAUACAUGUAUGUAUAACUAAAAAAUGUGUUGUGUCCAAUGCUGCAGUGUUAAACAAUUACCAGCAAACACGGAUGAAGAGAAAUUCCUCACAGUGUCAACAUACCUUGAACGAAUCAGUAAUUACAGUAUGCUAAUUGUGUUGUACUAAACUAUUCUGCAAACUUUCUGAACAGAAAAAUCACUGCAUAAAAAUCUGUUCGCUAUUUCACUCUGCUUUUAUAUAUCUGUAUUACCACUUAGUGAGGUAUUUAGGGUGCAAUUAUACAAGUUUGAUGUUUUAUUGUGAAAUGAAUUCGUCCGAGGCAACUAUAGCAAGAUAAGUGUGACUUCUGUUCAGAUUUUACAUAAAGAUUUUUUCAAUUACUGGUUUUGAAGAUAUUAAUUUGCAUCAUUUUACUUUUACGAUGCCCUUAUUAUAAAACAAAUAUUUUGUGUACUUCCUACGACUUUGUACUUUAAUAGAAGAGAGUCAGAGAAGACUAUGGUUUUCCAUUAAGUUCUCUUUGAACUCCCCUAACUGUUUAUAAUACGACAAGCCAAUUUGCAUCCAUUUUAGGAAAUCAACUGUUGCUUUUUCUGCUUUUACUGCUUUCAACUGAAUGUAAUAAAACCGGCGAGGUAGGUGGGCAGGGAGUGAAUAUGAGAGUGUGGCAAGGCCCUGGCACAGGCUGCCCAGAGGAGCUGUGGAUGCCCCAUCCUUGGAGGUGCUCAGGGCCAGCUUGGAUGAAGCCCAGGGCAGACUGGUACGGUAUCAGAAUCAGUGGUCAGCAGCCCUGCUUGCGGCAGGAGGUUGGAACUAGAUGAUCCUUGAGGUCCCUUCCAACCCAAGCCAUUCCACGAUUCACGGCUCUAUGAUUCCAUAUGAUUACAACCCAUGUGAUUCAGCCCUAAGCCAAUACAAAACCUUAAUGUAUGGCUGACUGUAGGAAGACUUGCUUCCUUCCCAGCAAUCAGUGGCUCUUCCCUGAGCCCCAGGCUCCUGCUGGGAGCAGAGCAGUGCAGCAGCCCGCCCUGCUGUGCCACCCUUACUGUGUUGGCUGAUCCCAUGCCUGCACCAAAGGUACCAGGGAGCAGCAGUGCUUUCCAUGGAGGCACCAGCAGAGACAAAGUUCUGACUUAACUCAUGACUCAACUUCCAGUGCCCAUACCAUUAAUCUUAGUGCAGAGCUACCACCCAUCAGAUGGCAGCACUGAACACCAAUGUCCAAGCUGUGCAUGCAGGACAGAAUCCCACUUUCCUGCCCCACGUGCAGCCAGCCCAGAGCUGGGAGCUCACAAGGCACAGAGCCAGGUUGGAUGGGACCCUGGGCAGCCUAAUCUAGUGGUUAGCUACCCUGUCUAUGGCAGGGAGGUUGGAGCACAAUGAUCUUUAAGGUCCCUUCCAACCCAAAUCUUUCUAUGAUUUCCUGACUGCAGAACGAGGCUCCUCCCAUGGCAGUGUCUUUCCAGUGCCCCAGAAGCCCCUGUCUCUAACAGCUUGUAAUUCUGCCCCAGAAGAGUACAGACUGAUGCUCCAGCUGGGUGCUUCACUUCUCCCAUCCAUCAUCCCAGUUUUGCAGGUCCCACAGGCUCUGCUGGUUGGGGUGCAGGGAGCCCACCCAUGCUGCCUCCCUCAGCCCCACUCACAUUUACGCUCCAACACACGGCUGCUCUCCCAAAUGCUGUGGUUUAUACCUGCCAUUUUCUAAACCAUUUGUUGCCAGGUUCCAGGCGUGAGCAAAGCAGUUCCAUAAACAUCACAUUUAGGGUAACAGGUGCAAUAAAACCUGCAGAAUGUCAAACACGAGCAGCAAAGUCAACUUGAAUUCCCUUGGGAGGGACAGCAAACUGCGGGCACAGCCAUCGCCCUACACAAGGGCACCGUGAGAGGUUGUUAAUCCUUUUUGGUUGUUUUAAAGUUACUGUCUUCCAUUCUCAAUGGCUUGUGACUCUUCCAAACAAAGAGAGGAUUAUAAUAAUUGCCUUAGUCAGCAGUCUGAUUUAUUUUGUUUAUGGAAUACGAAGCAGGAUGAUCUGGCUUAAGUUAAGUGUUUUCAGGAUGAGCACUGACUGAUGAAGCAGUUGUUAAAUUCUUCUCUGAGACUAUCACCUCUACUGCACAGCCUUGGUUUCUGCAGAUACUCAAUUAGGGGGAAAUUCUUUACCCAGAGGACAGUGAGGCCCUGGCACUGCUGCCCAGACACGUGGUUACCCUAUCCCUGGAGGUGCCCAAGGCCAUGAACGGGGCCUUGGGUAGCCUGAGCUGGUGGGGGGCACAGCAAGGAUUGAGGAGGCUGCAAGGUCACUUCCAAACCAACCAUUCUGUGAUACUAUGAUAAAUGACAGAGGUGCCUCACCACCUCUAGGUACAGCAUCACACAAGCCUUCAGGGCCGUUCAGAAGUGGAAAUUUGUUCUGCUGCUCUAGGAUCCUUGUGCCACCCAAAGACAUCCCCCAGCCUCCCCGAUUGCCUCCGCUUCCAUUCCCCACCCUCGUGCCAGUGAAAUGCAAACCAGGCAGUACAAGCUCCAUUUGAGUCAUCGUGUUGGAACAGGUCUGAAUUAAUGCUUUCAGCUCCCCUCUUGUUAGUCGCUCUGCAUUAGAUCAUCGUUUAAAUGCAUACAACCAAGAAUUACUUGAUCGAGAGUAAAACGGGUUAGCGCUGAGACUCCGAUGGGAGUGCUCCUCUGCCAGCAGAGCUCCCACUUCCAUCAGAAGGAAACGUAAUUAAUGCUGCUGAAUCAAUGCUGGGUUUUGUUUUGCUGCACAAGUUACAUGAUUUUUCAGAGAUAAGCCCAGCCUGCACGCAAAGCCCAGCAUCUGAGCUCGCAGCCUGUAGCCCCUUCAAAGGCUGCAGUCUAUUGCUGACAUGUAAACCAGAAACAUCCAGUGGCUUUAAUCAGAAGUCUGCACUACAUUCUUGGUUUUUAAUGUGCCUAAGUUAAUUUCUGUACUACUUUAAUGAAAAUAAAGUUGAUUUAAUUUUGUGAGCUGCACAGCUAUUAAAAUCCAUCUGUUCAGACCUAUGAAGUCUACUGAGAAAGCUGAAUUUCAUCUUUACAUAAAAAUUAGGGAGUUCAGAAAGGAACAUAGAACUUCUCCCCCAGUAAAAAGAACAAAAAAAGAAAGCAAAGAAACAGCAGCAGAACCUGAAGGCAGCUGCAUGGAAGCAGAUCCUUCCUCCCAUCCCCUUCUGCAUUGCACAGAGUCCCAUGCACUGGAAGUGGGGACAGAUUUUCCUUUUUAAGCCAGGUGCUAGUGGGAUGCUUGGAGACCAUUUUAGUCACCCGGAAAUGUAGCAUUUCACACCUUGAAUAAAAAUCUUUUUUGGGAGGUAUUCAGGGAGAGGUGACAGCAGCUUUGAUGGAUAUGGCCAACCUCAGACAGGGCAAAACUCAUGCAUUUUAAGGACAAAACACCACACAGCUCAUGCACCUGUGAUGUACACACAAACCUCCACCUGCCAGCCCUCAGCCACCCAUUUGUUAAAACAAACCCCAAAGACAAAACAAAAACAGCACCCUGUUUUGCUUUUCACCCUCAUGAAACAUUAGCGAGUGAACUAUUCUACCAGCUCAGCAACGAGACGGAGAGCCCUCAGUGCACUGUAUUGAAAUUAUAGUUAAAGAGCCAGUUCCUGAUGGGAGGGGGGUGUAAGUAAUGGAAUAAAAAGAAGUGCAGUGUACAGAACAUUUUUGUUAUUAAAAUUGUGUAUACUGUAAAACUGGAUUUGCCUCUUUUUCUUUUUUUUCUCCUCCUUUUUCAAGCAGAGGUGUCCAACUGCCUAUAUCCACUGGGGUCUCAGAGCACACCAACAGCAGCCCAAGCCAGCGUUGGGCUGCUCCCUGUGCUGCAGCCAUGGCAGCCAGCAGGAGCCGUGGGCACAGCCCUGGGCUACAGGGCAGAGUGCUGGCAGUGUCAGUGCCAGCAGCAGCCUGUC